CGUCUUUUACUCGCCGCAGUUAAACAUAAACCGGUGCUCUUGUUUGUGAUUUAAGUAGUUUUUCACCAGUUUGUUACUUGGUAACUACGAUAUGUAAAGCUUGCCAUUAUGUCACGCCACUCGUGGACACUUAAACCGGGGGAACAAGCCCGUGAGACGGAGCUACUGAGGGGAUCGACUCACCUGUUCCUCCUCUAUGCGAAAGGGACACCGGAUAUCCGUACCAUGGGGUGUAACGGGAAGCCAGACCGCCUGAGAUACGUUGCUAUGAAGAAAACAUAAACAUUAACCAAAAAGAACACGGUGGUGACAUCUGCGGUGAGGCAGGCAGGUCAGCCAACUUUUUUUUACAUGUGGACCAUAUGUUGUCAACGUCAUCACUCCAUGCUGCGUUCGACAAGAGGAAGGAUGCGGAGCUUUGAAGCGCGCCCAAGGGGGAAGCACCAGCUCCAACCUCUAAGUAUUUACGCUAUGACCUACAUGCAUGAACUCAGCCUAUGACUGCUGAGGUACUAUAUGUCACAUCGAUGCCUGCGUCUUGACGGUUGGUCCUCAGCAGCAGCAGCCAGGGGGGACAGGAACAGGAAGAGGAACUGCUCACGGAAUACACGUGUCACAAAUUUGGAAGUGGGUGUCAGACCAUGGAGGUGCAAAAAGCCGAGAAUCGGUCGACUCCUGGAGUAGUUUGAGAUCCUUGGGAGAUUCUCAAGGCAACAUGGCGCCCAAAGACAUCAUGACCAACUCCCACGCCAAAUCCAUCCUCAAUGCCAUGAACUCGCUACGCAAGAGCAACACGCUCUGUGAUAUCACGCUGAGGGUGGAGAACACAGAUUUCCCAGCUCACCGGAUUGUCCUGGCGGCCUGCAGUGAUUACUUUUGUGCCAUGUUCACCAGUGAGCUCGCAGAGAAGGGGAAAUCUUUUGUCGACAUCCAGGGGCUCACUGCAGCGACGAUGGAGAUCCUGUUGGACUUUGUGUACACAGAGACGGUGCUGGUCACAGUGGAGAACGUACAGGAGCUGCUCCCCGCGGCGUGCUUACUGCAGCUCAAAGGGGUGAAAAGAGCAUGCUGCGAUUUUUUGGAGAGUCAGCUCGAUCCCUCCAACUGUCUGGGUAUUCGUGACUUUGCCGAAACUCACAACUGCCUGGACCUGAUGCAGGCCGCCGAGCUCUUCUCCCAGAAGCAUUUCAGCGAGGUGGUUCAGCACGAGGAGUUCAUGCUGCUCAGCCAGACAGAAGUCGAGAAACUCAUAAAAUGUGAUGAAAUCCAGGUGGACUCAGAGGAGCCUGUAUUUGAAGCCGUGUUAAACUGGGUCAAACACAACCGCAAAGAGCGAGAGCCGUACCUGCCAGACAUGCUCGAGUUUGUCCGCCUGCCGCUCCUGACCCCCCGCUACAUUACAGAUGUCAUUGAUGCCGAGCCCCUCAUUCGGUGUAGCCUGCCCUGUCGAGACCUCGUCGACGAAGCCAAGAAAUUCCACUUAAGACCGGAGCUGCGGAGUGAGAUGCAGGGCCCACGCACACAAGCAAGAUUAGGUGCCAAAGAAGUGCUGUUGGUUAUUGGCGGGUUUGGCAGCCAACAAUCACCGAUAGACAUAGUUGAGAAAUAUGAUCCGAAAACACAAGAGUGGAGCUUCCUUCCUAACAUUGCACGGAAAAGGCGUUACGUCGCCACAGUGUCGCUCCACGAUCGAGUUUACGUAAUCGGAGGCUACGACGGUCGGUCGAGGCUCAGCUCUGUGGAGUGUCUGGACUACACAGCAGACGAGGACGGGGUUUGGUACACUGUCGCCACCAUGAAUGUGCGUCGUGGCCUCGCUGGAGCCACGACACUCGGAGACAUGAUCUAUGUGGCCGGUGGCUUCGAUGGCAGCCGGCGUCACACCAGCAUGGAGCGAUACGACCCCAACAUUGACCAGUGGAGCAUGCUGGGAGAUAUGCAGACAGCUAGAGAAGGAGCUGGUCUGGUGGUGGCCAGCGGACUCAUCUACUGUCUCGGUGGAUAUGAUGGCCUAAAUAUCCUGAAUUCAGUGGAGCGGUACGAUCCACACACGGGCCACUGGACCAGCGUGACACCGAUGGCCACCAAGCGCUCAGGCGCCGGCGUUGCUUUGCUCAACGACCACAUCUACGUGGUGGGAGGCUUUGAUGGUGUUUCACACCUCGACUCUGUGGAGGUUUACAACAUCAGAACAGACUAUUGGACCACUGUAGCCAGUAUGACGACGCCUCGAUGCUACGUAGGUGCAACCGUCCUCAGAGGACGACUCUACGCCAUCGCUGGAUAUGACGGGAACUCUCUCCUCAGCAGCAUCGAAUGUUACGACCCGGUCAUCGACUCCUGGGAGGUCGUCACCUCGAUGGCGACGCAGCGGUGCGACGCGGGCGUCUGCGUUCUACGUGAAAAGUGAUUUUUGCCAAGAAGAACCACAGGAGGAAAAGCAGUCGGGAGGACAGGCAGCUAGACUGAAAUGCCACAGAACCAGAACCACACAAAGGGAGAAGAUUGUUCGCUAGUAUGCAAAUAGGUAAUAGGAAAAAAAAAGUGCAGCAGUUCGAGCUGCUUCCGUUACUGGACGGUCAACCCUUCGACAGUCAGACUGUGCAACAGAGAUUCAGCUUCGCCGUGGUCGACUUCACCUCCGAGGAGCCCAUCGCCACUUGCAUGACUGUCCUCAGUGGUACUCGUUGCUGUCGUUACCUGUGAGAUUAUUUUUUCAGUUUGUCUUCAAAGUGCAAUAUAUUUCUACUCAUCAUAAGAAAACAGACGGAGUUGGUUCAGACUCCGGUUGCUGCUAUAUGCCUUAUAACUUUGGCCUACAUCAAACCGUGAACAUCCGUGUUGCCUCCCAUUUGACUUUGACGAUAGUUACAGUUCAUUGGCUUCUUAUCGAUUGCACUCAUUCGGCAUUUGCGAGGUCAUUAAUGGGGCAGUAACUCAACCCUUUUUGUAAUUCUUCCUGUAAACAGUGCUUUUAGAUCCAAAUCACUUUAAUACAGAAUGUUUAAUACUUAUCGUUGCUCUCGGAAGAUAUAUUUAGAGAUCAAUAUUGUUUUAGAAAAUGACUGAAUUGUACCAGUUGACUUUAUUUUGUCCCUGACAAAUCACAGAGUAAUAAGUAUGAGGUGCAUGUGUUUUUUCUUUUUUCCUCAGCUUAUAAAUCUGGACAUGUACGUGUAGGACACAGAGUCCUAACAUCACUGUUGCCUGGGAAGUGAAUAAACACUAAGAACUGA